UGAACGCAAUCAUGUCGCACUUUCUCAUUUUGCUGGGGUUUUUGCCAGCCUUCUGAACGGUGGGUGGUGCAGCAGUAACGGUACAUCGCUCGACCACCGAAAUAUUGCAAGUCCAGAAAACAGUUAACCAAAAAACGAAAGACCGAAAGUUCUACGCGUCGAAAUAAAUAAACAUAAAUCUUGUGGCAAGCCGUCAAUAAAUCAUCAAAUUAAUAGCCCCACCAACGAACGCACACACACAGCUGUACUGUGUUCUAAAGGAAAAGAGGAAGCAGAAGGAAGUGAAAUUGGCGGCAGUUUGACCGCAACAACAAUAACAAACAACAAAUACGCCUGCAACACACAACCGCACGCACACACACACCCACACACACGCACGCGUUCGUCAUCAGCCGUGGUCCUCCGCCUCCCCCCAAAUCGUCCCCUUCUCCCACGAACCAUUGUGACAUUUGAUUUAUUUGACGUGUGUGUUUUUGAUAGAAGCUCAACACGAAACUGACACACAUACAGAACCUCAAGAAUUUAUUUAGUGAACGAAAAUAAAAUCACAGUUUUUUUCGCGCAUGUUCGAAGUGAAGUGUGACAACAGAAGGGAACCAGAAAUAUACAAAAAACAAAAAACCAGCCCCGAAACAAAUCCAUCGCUAUCAAUGAGCAGACGGAAUUAAUUGCCAAACAGCCAAAGUAAUCUAACCUUCGGAGACUUCGUGCCCCAAAAUAAUCUCAACAAAAUGAUGCUUCACGAGGCUGUCAUGCUGGAAAUCUAUCGCCAGGCGUUGAGUGCAAGUGAGUUGGCCAGCCCGCGAUGCCAAUCCCGGGAGUCAAACACCUCAGCUGGAGCGGGAACAGGCUCUGGCGACGUGCGAUGUCCAUCUAAUGAGUCGCACUGCUCGGCCAACGAUCGUCUGACUCCGGCUGCUACGCCCACGCCCACGGCCACGCCCCUCUCGCCCCACUCCGUGGGUCUUCCCCUGACGGCGACACUUCCACCUGCAGCUGCAGCCGCUCUGCUGCCUCCCCAAUCCGCCGCCAUGGCCGCUUACCUGGCCGCCGCUCAGCAGAAUCACCUGCUGCUGACGAAUCCGCUGGCGGCAGCAGCUUCCCUGGUCCAGCAGGCGACGCAGCAGGCGGCGGAGGAGGGCGAGUCGCCGGCCCUGGACUUCAGCAGAAAGCGUCCCACGAGUGACGGCGAGGAGGAGGAGGAAGAGGAACAGCAGCAGGAGCAGGAGCAUGGGCUGGACCAAGAGCCCGAUCAGGAUGUCCAGGGCGAAACGGGACCUCUGGACCUCUCCGUGAGCACGAGGAAGCGGCAGGGACAGGACUCGCCGCCCGCCAGGAAGAUUCCAAGGAGUAUAUGCACAGACUACAAGUCACCUCUGCCACCUGGCAGUUGGAUACCCCUCAAUCCCUACUUGGCGGCCGUGGCGGCAAAAACAGGAGGACUGGGCAGCUCCAAAAUGGCUCCCAGCGAAGCCAGCAAGGCGCUGGAGAAGAUGAGCGAGAUGAGUCGCCGGGAGACACCGCCACCGUCUUCGAGGAGCUCUUCAGGCAUACCAGCCUCCAUGGGAUCAGGAGUGUCGGGAGGCGGAGCCUCCGGAGGAGGAGGCCGGCACAGUGCCUGGCAGUCCCACUGGCUGAACAAGGGGGCCGACGCGGCGAAGGACGUGUUCAAGUGCGUGUGGUGCAAGCAGAGCUUCUCGACGCUGGCCAGCCUGACCACCCACAUGAAGGAGACCCAGCAUUGCGGCGUGCAGAUACCCUCGCCCUCGUCCGCUGGAGGAGCAGGUGCCACCACCGCCCCUCCCCCUUCCAGGCUGCCCACUUCCGCCUCCAACUCCGCCUGCUCCAGCAGCAGCAGCUCCACGUCGAGCUCCUCGAACUCCUCGAAGUCGGAGUUGAACAUGCUGAUCAAGGAGACAAUGCCGCUGCCCAGGAAACUGGUGCGAGGUCAGGACGUUUGGCUCGGCAAGGGCGCGGAGCAAACCCGCCAGAUACUCAAGUGCAUGUGGUGCGGCCAGAGCUUCCGGUCUCUUGCCGAGAUGACCAGUCACAUGCAGGAGACGCAGCACUACACGAACAUCAUCUCGCAGGAGCAGAUCAUUUCCUGGAAGUCGGGCGACGAGCGGGAAAGGCCCUCUAACGGCGGAGCACCGCCCGCAUCCACGGCUCCCCCUCCUCCUGCCACGUCUGGGGGGCCAGCUCCGUCUGUCAGUGCCGUGCUCACCUGCAAGGUCUGCGACCAGGCCUUCGGCACCCUCAAGGAGUUGAGCAGCCACAUGGCCCAGCAAUCGCACUACAAGGAGUCGCCGACCUCGUCCGCCUCUCCACCAGCUCCCGGUGCUGGGAACACCAAGAGGGGCAGGCAAACCCGCAACGAGAAGCGCAAGAAGUCGCUGCCGGUGAGGAAGCUCCUGGAACUCGAGCGUUCCGGCUCGAACUCCAGCCUGGACUCGGCCCUCAAGCCGCUGAGGGACUUUGCCGCCGCCACCAAAAUUACCUGCGAGAAGUGCGGCAGUAAGAUAGAAACCGCUCUGUUUGUCGAGCACAUUAGGAAGUGCUUGGGCGAGAGCAUACCGAUUCCGCCCAGGCGGUCCAACCAGGGAGUGGAGCGGCUGCCAAGUCCCAGCUCGGGAUUGGGCGGCGAGAAGCCCCCUUCGGUCCUCAAUGCCCUGGAGCAACUCAUCGAGAAGAGCUUCGAAUCGAGGGCAGGAAGAGCCAUGACUCCUGGCGGCUACUCCGAGUCCGGAACUCCGCUGGGGGCCAGCAUCCUGAAGCGCCUGGGAAUCGACGACAGCAGCGAUUACACGAAACCUCUGAUGGACGCCCAGGCGAUGCACCUGCUGCGAUCCUCCUACGCCUCCAGGGAUCGCAGUGCCAGCGAGUCGAGUUCGGCCAGCAGAGUGGAUUCAGCCUACACCCCGGACAGACAGCAGGCCACGCCCCGCAGGACACCGGAUACCCCUGCCCCGCCCCCACCACCACCGCCCACCAUUAAGGCGGAGCCGCCGGAGGCGGAUCCUUCGCUGGGUGGCGAGCGCGAGGACUGCAGUCCCCGGCAGCAGAUCCACGUGAAGAAGGAGUUCAGCAUGGAGGCGAGUCGGGAGAGUCCUCGGUCGGCCAGCGAAUCUCCUGCGCCGCAGACCGCAGGAUCGGCACCGGAUAAUGGCAGCUUACUGGCCCUGAACUCCAUGUUCGAUCAGCUGAGUGGAGUGGAGAACAACAACAACAACAACAAUAACUCGGGACACUGCUACAACAGCAAUACGGCGAGCAACCUUUCCGUCAAGAAACCAAAGGCCCAUCCCCUGGCUGCGCUGCAGAAGCUGUGUGAAACCACGGAUCCACCUGCACAGAACCCUCGCAGCGGCUCCUCCGCCGGACCCACAUCCUCAUCCGCAUCCGCGAACGGAAGCGACCUGGUGGCCUUUAGCUGGGCCUGCAACGAGGCGGUCCUGAGUGCCAGUAGCGGUGGCUCCGGCGGCGACCCGACCAUCAUCAAGUGCUCCUUCUGUGAUACGCCAUUCGGAUCGAAGGGCGCCUACCGCCACCACCUGUCCAAGGUGCACUUUGUGAAGGACGCGGGCGAGGAGUCGCCCCGGCUCAAGUCCCCGGCUGGCCAGAGCCCCAAGUCGUUGCCCAUGGCCUCGCCCAAGAGGUCGGCCUCCCGGAGUCCGGCGACGGGAUCGCAGCAGCCCCCUCCGUCGCCCACCAUCAAUCCCUACGACGAGAGUCCGCAGUCCAAGUUCCUCAAAUACACGGAGCUGGCCAAGCAGUUGUCCUCCAAGAAUGCCUAAGGAUCUCCGGCAGGUGCGGUAAUAGUUGACUGGGAGUGGGAGUUGGGGAUCGGACUGGAGCAUCAAGAACUAAGCGAGAAGUUGGGUAUCUUAUACAAAUAGUAAUGCAGUGAAAACUCUAUUGGCGAACAGAUUCGUAAAAAAGGUAAACAAUAGUCAAGAAAGACAGACAUGUAAUAUGGUCUAAGUAUGAUCUCAGUAUUAGUUACGAAACUUACAGAAUCUACAUAAAAAGGUUUUUUCAAUUGAAAUAUAAAUAUGAUUUGAGCAUCGGAUUAGUAUGUUUUCCUAUUUUUUUAUUAGACAGAAGUUUUAAAAACCAUACUUUAUUUAAAAUCUUCAAACACAAGGAAAAAUUCAAAAAUACAUUUUAGAAUCAACCGAAAAGUGAUCUGUUCGCUAGGAGAGGUUUUCGCUUGCAAACAUUAAAACUGAUUUCAAAAAAUUGAUUAUUGUAAUUCCCAACUCCAAGACGAGAUUCCGAAAGCUCUCUUCUCUGCAUUGAUUUCUGAUCUGCGCUCUCCUCUCCCGACUUCGCGCUCUCGCAAAUCUCUUGCAGACGCUCCCUCUCUCGAGCGCUGCACACCCACACACUUAAAGGGAUUUCCCCUACUUUUGCUGAAUUUGCCAAGGAAUUUCCCCAGUCUCGCCGCUCUCCACUUUGGGUUUCCCCUCUCUCGUGACGUCAUGGCGAUGCUGGCCCGCUUUUUAUUGUUUCCCAAUCGGACAGUCGCAGUCGGACGUGCGAGUGAGAGGGGGCUAGCUGGAAAUUCAAUUACCACCACUUUGACGAACUGCUGUCCAUCAAGGCGCGUUGGACAGAGACGGCCAUAGUAACGGAGUGACGAAAGGCGACGACACGAGUUCGUCAAACUCGGUCUGGAUGGGGGCGAGAGAGACAGAAACAGCGGGUGGGUGGGCAGAGAACGAGAGCGGGAGCGAGAUAGUGAGUGAGUGGCAGAUUUGAGUGGCAAAUUGGAUUUCGAGUGCGAAUCGGAAUAGAAUGCACUCAUUGCAAACGAGUCAAACGUUAUUUAUUUAUUAUGCGGCAGUUCCUGGUCAAAAAGAAAAUAUAAAAAAGCGUGCCAAAAAAUUCGAAAUACUAAAAUCUAAUAAGCUAAACUAAAACAAUUAAAUCAGUACACCUAAGCAAUUACAAAACAAACGCAACGCAGUAUACGUAAAAACUUAAACACUUACAAAGUUAACCUCAUUUUAUGGUUGAAGGAAACUUUUAACGAUGCAUAUAGCCCUCAUACGAAAUAAUGCAUUCAGUAUAUGUAAAUAUUUAGCCAAUAGCACUUUCCUUCCAUACGUCUAAAGAUUAUCAAUAUUUACAUAAAGGUAUAGAAAGUCGAAAUCAAAAUGUAGUCACAGCAACGCAUGUAUACGAAAACAAUUUUAAAAAUUAUAUAUACACUUUGAACUAUAUGUACACCCAUGUAUACCAACAACUCCAAUCUCAACAAUAACUAAGAAUCUUGAAUAUCUAACCUAAGAUUUAAACCUAAGAGGAGGAGGAACUUUGCAGAAUGUAAAACAUUUCAUUAUUAUCAACAGCAAUCAUUAUCGACGUCAUCUCUCGUCGCGAAUAAUUUAUAUCUAUGAUAUAUGGCAACUAUGUAUACGACUUGUAUUUGAGUUUUUGUGAUAUUAUUUUUAAAACGAAUCCGUUCGCUUCCUUUUCGCCACGCCCCCAAAUCCUAUAUAUAUCCUGUAACACCCCCACCCUUCCCCCUAGAUCUUAAGUGUAUGUUAUAUUAACGCAAUA